AUGAAGCAGGACCUCCUGCCCAGCGGGCUGGGGGUGACGCUGCUGGAGGCCCAGGCGGCCACCGGGGGCCUCGUGGACCCCACUCAGGGCCAGCUGCUGUCCGUGUCUGAGGCCCUGCAGCGGGGCCUGGUGGGCCUGGAGCUGAAGGAGAAGCUGCUGGCCGCCGAGCGUGCGGUCACCGGCUACCCCGACCCCUACGGGGGCGGGAAGCUGGCUCUCUUCCAGGCCAUGGGGAAAGAGGUGGUGGACCCAGCCCUGGGGCGGGGCUGGCUGCAGGCCCAGCUGGCCACCGGCGGCCUGGUGGACCCCACAGGGGGCGGCCGCGUGGCCCCGGAGCUGGCCUGCCAGCAGGGCCUCCUGGACCAGGAGACCUGGCUCCGCCUGUCCGAGCCCCAGCCCGGCACGGGGUCCCCGGGCUUCCUGGACCCCAACACCAUGGAGCGGCUGCCCUACCUGGAGCUGCUGGGCAGGUGUGUCCGGGACCCCGCCACGGGGCUGGCCCUGCUGCCCCUCAAGAUCACCUUCUGCUCCCUGAGCGGGGCGGCGAGCCUGGAGGAGCUGCUGGAGGCGCUCAACGAGGUCCUGCGCGACCCCUCGGACGACACCAAGGGCUUCUUCGACCCCAACACGCACGAGAACCUCACCUACCUGCAGCUGCUGGGGCGCUGCGAGCCGGACCCCGAGACCGGCCUGCUCCUGCUGCCGCUGGCCCCCCGGGACUCCGCCCCCCACCAGCUGGGCCAGGAGCUGCGUCCGGCCCUGCAGGGGCUGGUGCUGCCCGCGAGGCACGGCCGCUUCCGGGGCCGCAGCGUCUCCGCCUGGGAGCUGCUCAACUCCGAGUGCGUCCGUGAGGACACCCGCAGGCGGCUGCUGCAGGAUCUGCGCCGGCGCCGGGUCUCGCUGCAGCAGGUGGCGCAGCUGCUGGACACGGAGAUGGGCAGGUGGGCGGACGUCAGGCUGCCCGCCCUGAGGGGCCAGGUCACCGCCCGCCAGCUCCUGGAGGCCCAGGUCAUCGACCAGGAGCUCCUGGAGCAGGUGCUGGGGGGGACGCUGAGCCCCGAGGCCCUGCUCCGGCGGGACGCCGUCCGCAGGGCCCUGCGGGGCACGGGCGCCGUGGCCGGGGUGCUGCUGCCGUCCUCCGGCCGGCCGCUGAGCCUCUACGAGGCCAUGAGGCGGAAGCUGCUGACGCCGGCCGUGGCCCACGCCCUGCUGGAGGCCCAGGCCGCCACCGGCACCGUGGUGGAGCCCCGCAGCGGGGAGACCCUCACGGUGGACGGGGCCGUGCGCCGGGGCCUGGUGGGGCCCGAGCUGUACAGCAGGCUGAGGCGGGCGGAGGGCGCCCUCACCGGCCUCAGAGACCCCUUCUCGGGGGCGGCCGUGUCCCUGUUCCAGGCCAUGAAGAAGGGCCUGGUCCCCGCGGAGCAGGCCGCCCGUCUCCUCGAGGCCCAGGUGGCCACGGGAGGGGUCAUCGACCCGGCGGGCCACUUCCACCUCCCCGUGUCCGUGGCCACGCAGCGUGGCCUCAUCGACCGGGAGACGGAGACCGCCCUGCGUAGCGCCACGGACACCUUCCCCGCGCCGGACGGCCGGACGCACAGCAGCUACGCCCAGCUGCUGCAGCAGUGUGUGACGGACGAGGCCACCGGCCUCUGCCUGCUGCCCCUGCCCGAGGGCGCGGCCCCGGUGCCCACAGACCAGGAGGUCCAGGCGGCCCUGCAGGCCGCGCAGGGGGCCGAGGACGGCCGGUCCCUGUGGGAGCUGCUGGGGUCCCGCCACCUCACCGAGGAGCAGCGCGUGGCCCUGCUGGAGGACUUCCGGGCCCAGCUGGCCACGGGGGGCGUGGUGGAGCCCGUCCACGGGGUGCGCCUUCCCCCGGCCACGGCCUGCAGGCGUGGCCUGCUGGACGAGCCGACGAGCCGGGUGCUGACCGGGACGGACGAGGACAGCAGGUUCUUCUUCGACCCCCACAAGCGGGAGAAGCUGACGUACCAGCAGCUGCUGGGGCGCUGUGUCCAGGACGCCGAGACCGGCCUGUGGCUGCUGCCGCUUCCCCAGGAGGCCGCACUCGGGGUGGACGAGCACACGGCCAUGGCGCUGAGGGCCAUGAAGGUGCAGGUCAGCGCCGGCCGCUUCCAAGGCCACAGCGUGUCCCUCUGGGAGCUCCUGCACUCGGAGUACGUCUCCGCCGAGAGGCGGCGGGAGCUGGCCGCCCUCUGCCAGUCCGGCCGGGCCGCCGCCCUACGCCAGGUGGUCGGUGCGGUCAGCGCGCUGGUCGAGGCAGCGGUCCCCUCGCCCGCGCUGCCCACCUUCAGAGGACUCCGCAAGCAGGUGUCGGCCAGCGACCUGUUCCAGGCGCAGCUCAUCGACAAGAAGACGCUGGACGAGCUGACCCAGGGCCGGCGGACGGCGCAGGAGGUGGCCGAGACGGACGGCGUGCGGCGCUUCCUGGAAGGGGCCGACUUCAUCGCCGGUGCGGCCACCGGCUUCCUGGUCGACCCGAAGGCCAACAGGAGGCUCAGCGUGUACCAGGCCCGGGAGCGCGGCCUGCUGCGGCCCGGCACGGCCCUGGUGCUGCUGGAGGCCCAGGCGGCCACCGGCUUCCUGGUCGACCCGAAGGCCAACAGGAGGCUGACCGUGGAGCAGGCGCUCCGGGCCGGCCUGGUGGGCCCCGAGCUGCGGGACAAGCUGCUGGCGGCCGAGCGCGCCGUCACCGGCUACACGGACCCCUACACCGGCGGGCGGAUCUCGCUCUUCCAGGCCAUGCAGAAGGGCCUGAUCGUGCGGGACCACGGCGUCCGGCUGCUGGAGGCCUGCAGACGUGGCUGUCUGCACGCGGACGCCGUGGCCCUGGUGGCCGACGAGCAGCACAUGGACAGGCGGUUUCUGGACCCCAACACGCAGCAGAGGGUCACCUACCGGGAGCUGCAGGCCCGGAGCCGCCGGCAGGACGCCACCGGGUGGCUGCUGUUCCCGGUGGCCACCGGCGGGCCGGACGCUGAGGGCGUCGAUGAGGCCACCAGGAGGACGCUGGAGGCCCAGCGCGUGGACGUGGCGGCGGGCCGCUUCCGGGGGCAGAAGCCCUCGGUGUGGGAGCUGCUGCACUCCGAGUACGUGCCGGAGGCGAAGCGGCGGGAGCUGGUGAGCGCGUUCCAGAGGGACAGUGCCCGCGCGCUGCGGGAGGUGGUGGACGCCGUGUGCGAGCUGGUGCGAGCCCACGAGGCGCAGGCCGGGACGCUGUGGUUCCGGGGCCUCCGGAGACAGGUGACCGCGCAGGAGCUGUUCCAGGCCAGCGUCAUUUCCGGGGACACGCUCCGGGCGCUGCAGGGGCACCAAGCCCUGCGGGCCGCCACCAUGGAGGUCAGGGUGGGCCGGCUGCGGGGCCCGGCCGUGUCCGUGUGGGACGUGCUGGCGUCCAGCUACGUGAGCGGCGCCGUGCGGGAGCAGCUGCUGACCCAGUUUGGCGCGGGGACGCUGGACCUGCCCACGCUGACCCGCCGGCUGACCGCCAUCGUGGAGGAGGCGGCUGCGGGGCCCGGCCGUGUCCGUCUGCUGACCCAGUUCGGCGCGGGGACGCUGGACCUGCCCACGCUGACCCGCCGGCUGACCGCCAUCGUGGAGGAGGCCGAGGGGGCCCCCGAGGAGGCCCUGGACGCCGGGGGCCGGCAGGAGCAGGCCCUGCGGGCCGCCACCAUGGAGGUCAGCGUCGGGCAGUUCCGCGGGCGCCCGGUGUCCGUGUGGGACGUCCUCGCCUCCCCCUACGUGAGCCCCGAGCCCACAGCCGCCCCUGCUCUCCCCAGGUCCCUGUCUUUCCUGGUCAAGCUCGAGCAGCUGGAUCUGGGCGGCAACGACCUGGAAGUGCUGCCCGACACCCUGGGGGCGCUGCCCAACCUGCGAGAGCUGUGGCUGGACCGGAACCAGCUGUCCACGCUGCCCCCGGAGCUCGGCAACCUGCGGCGCCUGGUGUGCCUGGACGUGUCCGAGAACCGGCUGGAGGAGCUGCCCGCAGAACUGGGCGGCCUGGUGCUGCUCACGGACCUGCUGCUGUCCCAGAACCUGCUGCAGCGGCUGCCCGACGGCAUCGGUGGGUCCCGGCCGGGGUCUCGGGGCCGGUUCCGGGCUGAGCAGCAGCAGCCCCGCUGCGGCUAG